AUGGGGAGAAGCCCUUGUUGUGACAAGAGUAAAGUGAAGCGAGGGACGUGGUCUCCCGAAGAAGAUGCUACUCUCAAGACUUAUCUCCUCAAGCAUGGCACUGUUGGAAAUUGGAUUACUUUGCCUCAAAAAGCUGGUCUUCGUCGUUGUGGAAAAAGUUGCCGACUCAGAUGGCUUAAUUACCUUAGACCAGAUAUUAAGCAUGGUUCUUUUACACCCGAUGAAGAAAAUAUUAUUUGCGAUUUAUACAACAAAAUAGGAAGCAGAUGGUCCGUGAUAGCCUCACAACUGGAGGGGAGAACAGACAACGAAGUGAAAAACUUGUGGAACACCAAGCUGAAAAAGAAGGUGAUGGCCACUAACUGUAAUCCCCAAAAUGCCCCUGCCGCCUCCAGCCCGGCUGCAGUCCGAGCAUUUCGAGAGCCAGUUUCAGGCAGCCUGGUCGACGAAAAUUAUGACUUCCCGAGUCUCGUUCUUGAAGAUGAAUUAAGGCCAUUUGCUUUUGGAAUGGAUGAUCAAAGUUAUGGGGUUACUGGAAUUUCAACUCGAGAUGGAGAAAAUUCAUGCAUUUGGUCUCCAGAUGAUGAUGAUGUUAUUGGUAGUAUUCAGACUUGUUCACCAUUUUCCAAUGUUAAUUCCAAGUCACAAAGGAGCCAGUCAAAGUCAACCAAGACAUAA